AGCUAUCAUUGCCAGUUUUCCGCCAAAAUAUAAGGCUUAGGUUUUGUUGGUUGAACGCCGUUAUUUACGCCUAUGAAUUCGACUUUGUUUUAAGUUUAACAUCAAACCUUGAAAUUGUUGUCUCAAUCGCCUGCAUUUCAGAUAAAGUCAUCCCAGUCGAAAUUUCGUAUCGAGAUCACUUGAAUAAUUGUCCCACGGAAAGUUCCAAGGAGUGUAGCUUCUGUCUGCUGAAGUCGAAGUCGAAAGUUGAUGUUGUCAAAGUCUCGAGGCACCGAAACGCGCCGAACCGUUUUACAUGCACUUUUUGCAACUUGGAGUUACCGUCCAGCGACACGGCCAAGAGCCACGUAAAAGAAGCACACAAUGUCUCCAACGUCCAGUUCGUGCCCGUAGAUAUUAACAAGACUGACAUGGAGAAGAACCGAUUUCUCGUGUCCGAGGACAAAUGUUUGAAACGACAAAAACGACCAAUCGACAGUAGCUUUUACACGGAAAUCCGUAAGACCGUCGCCAACAUGAAACGGUCUAAAGUCGUUAUUAAAGAAGAUGAUUUGCAAUUAACUACGAUUGGCAAUACUGCGAAUUCCUCAAAACAACAGGUUGAACGUAAACCAGUCGAAUCACAACCACAACACAAUACUAGGAAAAGAAAAUAUUCCAAUGAGAGCACCGACAUUCCUCGAAAAAAAAGGACCACAAUUGAAACCAUGUCUUUAAGAAAUUUUAAACGCAAGUUAAUGACAGAACAAAUGAACAUCAGCCCGUAUGAAGAAGUAUGUACAUCUGAAAUACCUACUGUUUCUUUAAAUAGUUCAGAGACAAAUGUUCAACCUCAAAAUACGAUUUUUGAAAGUUUUACAUUUGAUCAGUUAUAUUCGUGUUCUGAAUCAAAUUUAAAUCUAACUUCUUUUUCCGGAUCAAAUCAAAGUUUGUCUAAUAACUUUGUGAAAACACCUACUAUUAAAGAAAAACUACAACAAUGGGUAUUGGAGUAUAAUGUAUCUAAAAAUAGUGUAAAUAGUUUAUUAGGUAUAUUAAGAACAGAAGGGUUAGAUUUACCGAAGGAUGUGAGAACUUUGAUGAAUACCCCAAGAACACAUAAUAUAAUACACAUACAACCAGGAACAUAUAUUCAUUUGGGCUUGGAAAAAAUGUUGUCUCCCCUAUUAAACUUCAAUAAACAUUUGUUGACAAAUAUAAAUGAAAUUAAUUUAGGCUUUAAUAUAGAUGGAUUGCCAUUAGCUAAAAGCUCAAAAAGACAAUUUUGGCCAAUUCUUUGCUCUGUAACUAAUGUACCUCAAAUACGUUUUUUAGUUUUUGCAGUUGGUAUUUAUUAUAGUUCAGAGAAAAAACCAGAGUCCAUUGAAGAUUUUUUAAAUUUGUUUAUUGAAGAAGCUUUAGAUUUGAUUAAUAGGGGAAUAUCAAUAAAUAAUAAACUACUAAGUGUAAAUAUUGAUCAAGUGAUUUGUGAUGCGCCAGCCAAGAGUUUUUUAUUAAAUGUUAAAAGUUUUAAUUCCACUGUAGGAUGCAAUUCAUGUAAUGAGGAAGGGGUAUAUAUGGAUCAUAGAAUGACAUUUUUGGGUGUAAAUUCAUCAAUGAGAACUGACUACGGUUUUAGAAAUAAAGUUGACGAUGAAUACCAUAAAGGAAAUAGUCCAUUGGAACGUUUGCCUAUAAAUAUUAUUGAAGCCGUGCCUUUAGACUAUAUGCAUUUGGUUUGUUUAGGUGUGAUGAAAAGGCUAUUAAAAUUUUGGGUGAGAGGAAAUCAAUCAGUUAGGAUUCCUAUAGGUAUAUGUAAAGAUAUAGAUACUGAAAUGUUAAGUUUAAGAAAAUAUUUUCCAAAGGAGUUUGCUAGAUUACCAAGGCCAUUAAAUGAUAUUGAACAUUGGAAAGCCACAGAAUUUCGGAAUUUCUUACUUUUUACUGGCCCCUUAGUAUUAAAAAAAAGAUUAAAAAAGGCUUUUUAUUUACAUUUUAUGAAGUUGCAUUGUGCUAUAAAAAUUUUAAUUACGCCUGAUUUAUGUUUAUCGAAUAAUGAAAUAGCUCACAAUUUAAUUGUUGAAUUUGUUGAAGAAUUUAAGAUACAUUAUGGUGCAAAAUUUGUUACUUAUAAUGUCCAUAGUCUUAUUCAUUUGUCAUUCUAUGUAAAACUUCAUGGUUGCUUAGACAACUUUAGUGCUUUUAAAUAUGAAAAUUAUCUUGGAUUAAUAAAAAAACAAAUUAAAAAUUCUCAAUUUCCAUUACAAGAAGCUGUUAAUCGAAUAAUUGAAAAAAUGAAUAUAUUUUAUAAUAACAACAAUGAUGAAAUUACUUCAAUUGAAAUUUAUAAGUUUGGCAAAGAAUGUGAUAAUGUGACAUUGGUUAAUAACCAUGGAUUUAUAUUUUAUGAAAAUGUAACUUUAAAUAAUAAUAACUAUUUUAUAUGUACACAAAAUACUAAAAACAAUUAUAUCAUGUUAAUGAAUAAUGAAAUAGCAUCUGUAAAACAUAUAUGUAAGCGUCAAACUGGAGAAAUUGUUUUUGAAGUUUGUACUUUAAAAUGCUCUACUUUUUUCAAUAUACCAGUUAAAUCAGAUUUAAUAUUUACCUUUAUAAUUGAUAGUACUUCUGAAUCUGAAUUAAAAUGUAUAAGUGUUACUGAAAUUAAAUAUAAAUGCUUCUUCGUCGAAAUGUCUAAUGGCAUGGCUGUUGUUAUGGCAUUAAGUCAUAAUUUGUCAUCAUAA